GGCAAUCAACAGCUGCAAACCAAGUCCAAUUCUAGAAUUUUAUUCCCUUAGUCUAUUGACCAUAAGCCUGGGAGAGUUUUCGUGUUUAUCAUUAACCCAAAGCUGUAGGAAAAAGUUGACAUGGAUGCCAACAGUUGGAGAGCGGCGCAACCUCUUUCUCAGGCUCAGGGUGGUGACGCCACUGGCAUAGCAGCUGGGCCGGCUGCACCAGCACCGGCUUCAGGAGCCUUGGAGACGGGCGAUUGGCGGGCCCAACUUCAACCGGAUUCCAGGCAAAGGAUCGUUAACGAGAUAAUGGAAACUUUAAAGCGACAUCUUCCAUUCUCCGGACAAGAGGAGCUGCAAGAACUUAAGAAAAUUGCUGUGAGGUUUGAGGAAAAAGUUUAUGCUGCAGCUAAAAAUCAGUCAGAUUAUCUGCGGAAGAUAUCCUUAAAGAUGUUGUCAAUGGAGACAAAAUCAGCACAAAAUCCCAUGGCUAAUCCUCUGCAGGCUAAUAUUGCCAAUAGUAGUCAAAAUGUUCAAGGUAUAGGUUCACAUGCAAUGCAGCCCCAAGUUAAUAACCAAGCUCAGCCACUUUCUGUUACAAUGGUGAGCAAUCAAUCACAAGCCCGUCAGCAACUACUAUCACAAAAUAUUCAGAACACUAUCACAUCAUCUGGAGCGCUUCCUAGUGCAGGCAGCUUGACUCAGACUAACAUGACAAAUGCAGUAGGUCAAAAUUCGAAUUUGCAAAAUGUACAAGGCAUACCAGCUGCUGCUCAAAGUUCAGUUGGAAACACCAUGGGCCAUUCAAAUGUGGUUGCGAAUUCUAUCAGACAGAUGCAAGAGAGGCAGCAGCAGGUUGUUUCGCAGCAGCAACAACAAUCUCAGGCCUCUAAUACACAUCUUUACCAACAUCAGCUACGCCAACAAAUGUUGAAAAAGAAGUUCCAAUCUCAAGUACAGCAGCAACAUGAGCAACAACAGCCAAAUUUACUAGCUUAUCUUUUUAUCUUUAUUUUCUUUCUUUUCCUUUUGGUGGUGAUAUCAUGUAUGAAUUCAUGUUAGCCGACUCCAAUAUCUUUUGGGACUAAGGUCUUGGAUGUUGUUGUUGUAUACUAGCGAAAUUUCAGCCUCCUUUCCAUCAAGCUUGAAACGUAAUUCGAAUCUCAAUCCUCAGAAAAAUCGCUGCCUCGAACGAAUUUAAUUGGGGUAGCAUUUGGGGAUUUACUUCCCCAAUUUGAAGACCCAAAAAUAAUAUCUGCCCAGGCCGUCUAUAAAGAGAGCAGCGCAGCAGAUAAAGGGGGAGAACGGAGGUGAAAACAGGGGAGAAAGAGAGGAAUUCAGCCGCUUCAUCGAUCAUCUUCGGUUUUUCAUUCUAUAUUAAUUAAUUAGGUUAAUUUCAGAAUUUCUAGUUUCUGCAUUUCAAUUUCAGAACUUUUACUUUCAUGUUUAUGCUUUUGAAGAGCAAUUUCUUCCCAACUUUAAGUAUGAUUUUUGGCUAAACUUUAACGUGAGGGAUUCGGGGAUUAAAGCUUGAUAUUAAGUGUUUAUCUCUUGUGCUUGGUUCUACCAUUGUAAUCGACAUAUUAUAUUUCCA